AUGUCCGGAGCAGUCAUGGGGAAAGGCGCAGAGCCAGAGCCCGACAGCUCGGAAGAGGAGCUGGAAGCAGGGAGCACACCCCAGGCGUGCUAUGGGCAGGGCCUGUGGGUCUCCCAGCGCAGGGAAGCAGCCACCUGCCUGGGUGAUGCCGAAGGGAUGAAGGUGAGGAAGAGGAGCAGACCGGUGCGCUCCAAAGCCAGGAGGAUGGCUGCCAACGUCAGAGAGCGCAAGAGGAUCCUGGACUACAACCAAGCCUUCAACGCCCUGCGGCUGGCCCUCAAACACGACCUCGGGGGCAAAAGGCUUUCUAAAAUCGCUACCCUGCGGCGAGCCAUCAACAGGAUCACGGCUCUGUCCCUGUCCCUGCACGGUGCCGGGUGCUGCUGGCACUCCGAGUGCCGCAGCCGGGCCGGGGUCCUUGUGCAGGAGCCAGGGGUGAAGCCCAGCCAUCCCCAGCUCCCAUGGGAGCCUGGUUCCACAGCCGCUUUGCAGCGCUGCCCUCCAUCCCCUCUCUACACUGCGUUUUCCCCCGAGAGGCAGCUCCAUCACUACGAGAGCCUGAAGGAGGAUCGCUCCGUGCCCAUCCCUGCCUAUUGCUCCAGCGGGACCCACCACCCUGGGCUGCGAGGUGCCUGCCAGCAGAGAUACACGGGCAGCCUGCAAGACCCCCUGUCCGGGGCCAUGCCCUGGCAGCUGGGCUAUUGCCAGAGCUGGGGACACCAGCAGUGCCUCCCCAUCCACUGA